GGCGUCCUUCCUGUCAGGGCGCAGCGUCGCCUCGCCUCACCGGGAGGAAGCAGUCCCAGGGAGAUAGAUGGAGCGGCCGGGAAGGCGGGCCUCUCCGCGGUGGCUCUCCGCUGCGGUGGUGCUGCUGUUGCUGCUGGCGGCGGGGGUCUGCUUGGCUGCCGCGGAUGAAGAAGGAGCUCAGGAAGAGUCAUUUGAAUCAAAGACAGCAUUGCCUUCUGAAGAACAAGUGAAAGACCAUCCAGCAGGAACGCAAGUGGUAGCAGGUCAAAUCUUCAUUGACUCUGAGGAACCAGAAACUCAUACAGAAGAUGGAGAAAGUUUCACAACCCGAGAGGAAGAGAAGGAAAGGCUUUUAGAGGAGUUAGAUUCUCUGGAACUGUCAACUUUACUUAAUAAGGGUUUGGAAGAGUUAGAAGUGCAAAAACCAGUUCUGACAGCUAUUGGAGGAACUGCAGAUGGUGAACCAUGCCACUUCCCUUUCCUUUUCCUGGAGAAGGAGUACUCAGAGUGUACUACGGAUGGGAGAGAAGACAGCAGGCUUUGGUGUGCAACAACCUAUGAUUACAAAAGUGAUCAAAAGUGGGGAUUCUGUGAGACUGAAGAACAGUCUAAUAAGAGAAGACAAAUGCAAGAAGCAGAGGAUGUUUAUCAAAGUGGAAUGAAAAUGCUUAAUGAAAGCAGUAAAAAAUCCCAAAAGAAAGUAGCCUAUCAAUAUCUUCUGAGGGCAGCUGAUAUGAAUCAUACAAAGGCGAUGGAAAAAGUGUCUUAUGCGAUGUUGUUUGGGGACUACCUGAAGCAAAACAUUCAGUCGGCUAAAGAACUCUUUGAGAAACUUACUGAAGAAGGUUCUCCAAAAGGACAGACAGCCCUUGGUUUUCUCUAUGCCUCUGGCCUUGGUGUUGAUUCCAGUCAGGCUAAGGCAUUGGUUUAUUACACUUUUGGAGCUCUUGGAGGAAAUUUGAUAGCCCAUAUGAUUUUGGGCUACCGAUACUGGGCUGGGAUAGGAGUUCUUCAGAGCUGUGAAUCCGCACUCACACAUUAUCGUCUGGUUGCCAACCAUGUGGCAAGUGACAUCUCUCUGACAGGAGGCACAGUGGUACAGAGAAUUCGCCUGCCAGAUGAAGUAGAAAAUCCAGGAAUGGCAAGUGGGAUGCUAGAGGAAGAUUUGAUACAAUAUUACCAGUUUCUAGCUGAGAAGGGAGAUGUUCAAGCACAGGUUGGACUCGGGCAAUUGCAUUUGCAUGGAGGAAGAGGAGUAGAGCAAAAUCAUCAGAGAGCUUUUGAAUAUUUCAGUCAAGCAGCUGGUGCUGGCAACUCCCAUGCAAUGGCAUUUUUGGGGAAGAUGUAUUCAGAAGGAAGUGAUAUUGUUCCUCAGAACAAUGAGACAGCUCUUCAGUACUUCAAGAAAGCAGCUGAUAUGGGUAAUCCAGUAGGGCAGAGUGGUCUAGGAAUGGCUUACCUGUACGGAAAAGGUGUUCCAGUGAAUUAUGAAUUGGCACUUAAAUAUUUCCAGAAGGCAGCAGAGCAAGGAUGGGUGGAUGGACAGCUUCAACUGGGCUCCAUGUAUUACAAUGGUAUCGGAGUCAAGAGAGACUACAAGCAAGCUUAUAAAUACUUCAAUAUGGCUUCCCAAGGAGGCCACAUUCUCGCCUUCUAUAAUCUGGCACAAAUGCAUGCCACUGGCACAGGAGUGAUGCGUUCCUGUCAUACUGCUGUUGAGCUAUUUAAGAAUGUCUGUGAAAGGGGCCGUUGGUCCGAGAGGCUUAUGAAUGCUUACAACAGCUACAAAGAUGGUGAUACAAAUUCUGCAGUUGUGCAGUAUCUUCUCUUGGCAGAACAAGGUUAUGAAGUUGCACAAAGCAAUGCUGCCUUCAUUCUUGAUCAAAAAGAAGCUAGCAUAAUUGAAGAAAACGAGACUUAUCCUAGAGCCUUACUUCAUUGGAAUAGAGCAGCCUCUCAAGGUUAUACUGUUGCUAGACUGAAACUUGGUGAUUACCAUUUCUAUGGGUUUGGUACUGAAGUUGAUUAUGAAACUGCAUUUAUUCACUACCGGCUGGCAACAGAGCAACAACACAGUGCCCAAGCUAUGUUCAACCUGGGGUAUAUGCAUGAGAAAGGUCUGGGUAUCAAGCAGGAUAUUCACCUUGCAAAACGUUUCUAUGACAUGGCAGCUGAUGCUAGUCCAGAUGCUCAAGUUCCUGUCUUCCUUGCACUCUGUAAACUUGGAAUUAUUUAUGCCUUCCAGUAUGUACAAGACACCAAUAUCAAAGAGCUGUUCUUACAACUUGACAUGGACCAGAUCUUGGGCCCUGAGUGGGACCUCUACCUCAUGACCAUCAUUGCGUUGCUUUUGGGCACCAUUAUAGCAUACAGGCAAAGGCAGCAUCAGGCAAUCCCCAGGCCGGCAGGGCCAAGGCCAGCGGUGCCUCCCCAGGAGCCUGCCCCAGAACAUCAGCCAGCCCAGUAGCCAAGCCAGGAGCCUUGGUGAAGUGGACUUGAUUUCCAACCUGGACAGCUCACUUGAUUUUAUGACCAGAUCAAAUUGCCACGUCUGCAAGAGAAACACACACAGACACACAGUUUUUGUUCUGAAAGCAAUUUAGAGCUAUGCCUUUUUUUCAGGGAUGUGUAUCUUCCUUCAAGAUGGAGUUGAAUGUUAUUUCAGUGCCAAUGGAAUAACAAAGCCGCUUAAAAAAAGUGUACUGUUACAAAAGUGAUGCCUGCUGUACCCACAUUGUUCAGUGCUCUUUUGAAAUAUUCCUCGGUAGUUUGAACGUCCUGUGAAAGUUGGCCUGCACAGAAAGGAAAAUAUUGUGAAGCUUGCUUGAGUCAAGAAAAUCAGACCUGUGCUCUUCCACUAAGUACUUUUUAAACAAUGACACUCUUUUCAAAGUGUGUUUGGCAUUGUGAUAAACUUUGAUUUACUUUCUGACUCACCUAAAUUAUUUCUUAAUCAUUUUAAUUCCUUCAUGGUAUUUUCCACCCUUUGGAUGCUGUAACUUGGGUCUACCAGUUAUAAGAUGGAGAUAAAGACAAUCAGUAAAAAUGGCAAAUAUGCUUCUUUGGUCUGUACCUGUCCUCUCCAUUUGGAUAUAGUCUUCUCCUAGUAGCAGGGUUUAGAAACAUGAAUUACACUUACAAAGCGAAAAUCAAAUUCAGCAAAACAGACAAUGUGUGUCAAAAUUUCAAAUGUUUGAUUAAGCCUGUUUGCAACUUGCAAGGUUCUCCCAGAUACACACGAUGAUUUACUUAAUCUUCCUUUUCUCAAUUGUUCCACAAAUAUGGCAAGAUUAACCAAACAAUAGACUGGAAAAACAACCAGUGUUAAUGAAUCUAUGAAAGCCCCAUUUAUGGCUCUCUCUCUCUUUCCCACUUUUCCCCUCCCUCCCAAUUUGUUGCUGGUUUGCAUUUCAGUUGAUCAUGAUGUUGUUUUAAUGAGCCAGACUUAAUUAAAUUGCUAUUAUUGUGGCAGGGGAUUGUGCAGCUAUUUAAAAUGUGAUCUACAUACCUCUCUAAAAUAAUCUCUUUUACAGGCACAUUCAACCCAGACAGGACUAUGUGAACAUAUACAAAGCUACUCUAAAGGUAUUACUUAAUCCCAGUUUUACCAUUUAAAUCAUACCCUUUUGAAUUCCCUGCGACAGUCAUAAUCUGGCUAGAGGACAUGUGAUUUUUAAGCUUCUUGCAGAUUAGGGUUGUCUGUUAGAAGGAUUGGAGGAAUUUCUGAAGUUUAAUGUCACAAAGCAGAAACUAAGGCCUGCAUUAUAGUAAACAUAUAUAAUUCCAAAGUUUGCCAUGCUAUUCAACUAAAACAUAGUCUAGGCUGUAACAAGAUUGUAGGAGCCCUGUUUUUAUUUGACUACCCUUUUGAAGUAAAAUAAUUACACAUAUUAAAGCUACAAGGAUAGUUUUCUGACUGAGAACUAAGAUAAAAACACUGUAGCAGGUGCACAUGACUGUUUCGAGAGCAUCAUUAUAUUAGCUUCUGGCCUCUUGAAAACUCUGUGGCUUUUGAGUACUGUUCUUUGGAAGCGGGAUUGCAUAUAAAACAUUUACGAAGCAUACAACCUACCUUUGCACACAAAGAGCUUUUGUUAGAUAAGCCUUUGAUUCAUACACGGAUGAACAAGAUCAUCCUUUAGAAGGGAGACACUGGGUGUCUCUCAAAUGGCUAAAUAGUGUUGAACAAGACUGCCUUGCUCUUAAUUUAUUAUAGAAUCACUGGCAAGAUCUAGCAGCAGGAGGACAUUCUGUAGCAUAACAACAGUAUUAUGAAAAUGGACAACCUUAUAGGGGAGAUAGAUUCAAAUUUAGAAUUCGAUCAAAAAGGAACUGGCAAAAUUGAAGUUGUCCUUAUAGUCUGCAGUUCAGAACAGCAAUAUGCAGCAUUUUUUAAAAAACUUUUUCAGUACUCACAUUCCUAGAAACAAAUGUAGUAAAACUUGCAGCUCUGAAAAUGUUCAACUCAGUACAAAUAUUAGUCAUUUGUAUUAAGUACUGAAGACAGAAUUCCAAAAAUACUUAAUUCCUCUGUGUGAUAGAAAUAAAAGGUUACUUUCUCAAGAUCACAGUAACUACAUAGUCUUCAAAGUCUUUUAACAACAACAUUACAUUUAAUUGUUACUGCAGCUCAGUAUUGCAUUCUUACUUUGUUUUGAUAGUUAACAGGGUUUUAUUUGCUAUUUCCAUCUGAUGAAGCAAAUCACAGCCACAUCUACACUUCAUUGAAAGACUUUGGGGAAUAAACAACCCAAAGAAAUCAACUGAUUCCUCCCCUACCACUGGAAAAAAAUGCAAUAUAAGCAAUAAAUGUGUUUUCUCAUAUUCUUUCAUUGCCCAUUCAAUUUUAAGAAUAUCCAUUAUGGAUGUGAUGUAGUUAAUGAAAUACAGAGAAGAACAUUCAACUAACUCAGGGAUUUAAGAAUAUUGAGUAGUUCUAAGGAUAUCUUCGAACACCCUCUUUUAUGCUUAACUAACCUUUCAAGUUUUCUUUUAAAUUAGACCUAGUAUUUGUCAGUACAAAGAUUGUUUGCACUCAGUUUAUGCUAGGAAACUAGGCUUUGACUUGGAAGUUUUCUUAUGGGAUGUGAUUUUCAUGAUCCAUUAAUUUAACUCUGCAAGGGAGGGCACCAUGUAAGAAGUAAAGGGAGAAACAGCCUUAUAGGUCUUAACCUACAUGUGUUAAUUGACAUAAAUCAAAUUAUUAAGAGCAGAGGUUAUGCAGUGAAAAGUUGUCUCUUUUGCUCCAUCGUGGAUAUUUAUGGCCAAGGAUUAGAACAUAAAAAGGAAUUAGCUGAAGAGUUGCUAAAACUUCUCAGUAUCUGACCCACUUCUCUGUAAAAGUUGUUGAAAAGUGCAUAAGGUGUUGCAAACGUGAUAACAUGAUUAUAUACCAUUUUGAUAAAACAUUGCGUAUCUGAAUGUAAGUAGUGCUCUCCAUGUUUACAGACAUUUGUCUCGAGACUUACACUUUGCAAAGUGGUAGUCUUUUGAGUGGAGAGUCUACUCAAGUCUUAAAAAUCUCUAAACUAGGAACUAAGCAAUUAUGUUUGGUUAUUUCAAAUAACUGGUUGCUUUGCCACAGACCUAUUUCGAGGUUUCAAGGUUCUGCCUUCCUUUUCUUGGUGGUUGUCAUAGACAUCGCUUACUCAAAGGGCAGUUGUAUGAGAGCAGAUAUUUCACUCUUGUGACUACUGUCCUUCGGAGAAUAAAGUAGGAGAGGAGAGGUUGUCUUUCAAGAUUGCUUGCUUAUGUAUUAGGAGAAAGGUUUUCCUCACAUGUUUUACCAAACCAAAUGGGAACGUACAGUACUCCAGCUAAUGGUUGCCAUCACUGUUAGAUCAAGUUGGGUUUUUAUUCAGUGCUAGAUAACCUCAUUGAAAGAUGUUCUUGACUGAUACCUGACUUCAUGUGAUGCUGGGUUUGGUGAAAAAAUAGAAUUCGCAUGAAAUUUCAAGCAAAUGGUGUUGAGUAUAAAAGAAGCACUCUUUCUUGUAUAUGCAACAGUAGGGUACCAAUGUCAUGAACUGAUGUGUUCCCUUGAUUUCAGUGGAACUACCGUUGCAGUUCUUCGUGCACUUUCCUGGUUGUACAUCUCUUUGAACACAGCAGAACUUAAUGCCAAGUAAAUAUGCAUAUGAUCAGACUAAAUUGAAGACAGAACUUGCACUCAGUUUGCUGUUUCAAAGAGGAUUAAACUCCAUCUUAUCUAGAUUACAAGGAUGGAAAGUCUCCCUAUUCUCCCAGAGCAUGAUAAAACAUAAUUUCCCUAGGUUUUUAAUGGCUUGGUAUGAUUUCAAAAAUGCAACUGAAAAUGUACAGUUGGAGAGGGCUAGUGAGAAGAUGUUUUUUUGUCUACAAUUAGCCUAAGUUGCUGAGAGUAUAUAAGGAGUUUUGUACAUUUUAUUUUCUAUUUAAAAUGAUGCAGUAUAAAGGCUGGAAAAGUGUAAUAUAACUGUGUAAACAAAUUCUGUUAAUAGAAAGGUGUACAGAUUCAUUUUGUACUAUAUCUUGUUGAAUAAAGAUGCCACUUUUGUGAUUGGCCUGUAA